AUGCCCCUCUUGAGCCUCUCUGAGGAGCUCAUUUUAAUUAUUCUAGAAGAGCUCGACCCUCUAUCACUACUACACUUCUGCAAGACUUCUAGAUAUAUACAUGGCAUCGUCAAAAAAUAUUCGACGUUGCUAUAUCGAUACGAACUUGCUUUGUCCGGUAUGAAGGACGGAUUUUCAAGCUCUUAUUCGCCGCGUGCACGGCUGGACUCGCUCCUCCACCACAGGAGAGGAUGGUUGACGUUAAACUGGACCUCAGAAGACAAGCUCUGCAUCCCAACACCAACGAUUGUUGGCGUCUCUGGAAGAUUUCUCUAUCGUGCCAGCGAAAGCUCUGAAUACGGGUUAUUUCAGUGGGAGCUUCAUAUCUAUGAGCUGCGCUCGUACAGGACACCGCCGGUCGAUAAAUUACAAUAUUGGAAAUUUAAUUUCCCUUUUGAAAUCCGCCAGGUCGCCAUUGAUGCUGCGCAGAAUCUUUUGGUGCUUGCAGAACUACAUUUCCCUUCACAGGAUGGACCUAUAACUGCUUCCCUUCACUUUCUUGAUAUGUGGAGAUGCCAGCAACACUCGCAGGCCCAAAAACUGCGUUUUCAAUUUCAGACGGACUGGUGGGGCUCCUUGCCUCCAGGCCAUCGCAUUUCCAUUGAACGCGUCCAAAUCUAUGGAAUCAUGGUCGGUAUGUCUGUGCGUCUUGGAGUUGAAGAAGGUGAAGGGACGACAGAACUGGUUCUAGUCAACUGGCGCACUGGUAUUGACCAACAACAACGGUUUACUGGUGACCUCCUCUCGUUCGAUAUCCUUAGUGAAUCCUCUUUGAUGGUACUAUCCCAUCCUGACGAGGACGAGGACGACGAUAGUGGAGAAUCUGCUGCUUCCACUUGGGAACGCCGCUCGGACGGGAUUUACCUUCACGAACGUGGCAAGCGCUCCCCUCAAAUCAUUAUUCACCAUGUACCAGAUGGUCAACGGUUGCGCUCAGCCCAGGUAAUAUCAUAUGAUUUACCAGAAUCGUGGAAGGCAAUAUCGUUUCUUCAACUGUGUCCCAACAAGUCUCUGAAGCCCAACAUUGCUCCUCCCGCGGGAACUUUCUUUCAGUUCGAUCCGUCUCAGCGCGCAACAGUCAUCCUCGUCGAGUUCCCCUCCCAUUCAAUACCGGCAGGAUGCUCCAAGAAGGUGGCACUGGUGAUGAAGGAAUCGCUCUUUGAGGCACCUGGUCUUGGCGAUAGGACUCUAUCAUGGGAGGAAUGGCAGGACCGCUGUAUGGUGGUCCAUUUGCCGGACGAUUCAGAAGCGCAUGCCUUCGAGGUCGUGGGGAGAAAGCUAGUAUUUUUCCAGAGUUUCGGUGAAGAAAACAAUGUGGCCGAUUCCCGAAGUCUUCUUCACGUGCUUGACUUUAACGACUAUGCAGAAGAGCGUCUGCGAUCGAUCGCACCGCAGCAGUCGUCUGCUUGGUCGUGGAACGGGAAAUGGGACACUACCAGUAAAAUCUUCAAGGUUGGCGCAGCCGAGUUUAUCGGAACGAGCACCACUCAAGUACAACGCAUCACUUGGGUUGAAGCCACAGAAGAUGCGGUGAUCUUGUACAACGAACGCGAGGGUGAAACUGUCAUCCGUGUUCUGACCUUCGGGCACACUCUCGUGGCUCCCCAACGUAACCUAAUAUCCAUGGGAUUUAUAUCAUGA